UAAAAGAAUGGCUAACCGAAAGGUUGCACAGACCCAUAACAUGGGAAGCCCAAGAAUUUGGAAAUAUGAUGAAAAAUGGCCACGUGAUUGCUGGAGUGCUACACAGCUACCAUGUAAUAAAUGAUGAAAAACUUUUUUUGAUAAGAGAUAGUGCCGCGCAAGAGGACGUAAAAAAUAAUUGGAGUUACUUAAUCGAAUGGUUAGCAGACUUAGAAGUUUAUUUGACUGCUACAGACUUAGAGUGCAUUACGAAUGGUAAAGGAUCCACACUUCUUCGCCUAUUCUACCAAUUAUUUCUUCAUUUAGACAAAAGGGAUCGUACUAAUUUUAUAAAAAGAGAAAGAAAAAUGGUGUCCAGCCUUGUGGAGAAAAUGGGACACAGAUUUAAAGUAGACAAAAUUCCUGAAGAAGAAGAGUCAUUUGUAGAUAAUCUGUCUAAACCUUUACUCAAUGAAAAACAUUUUAUAGAUUGGCAAAAAAAGAAAGCUGAACAAAUUAAAGACACAUAUGACUACAUACGUCAUAAAUAUUCUAAAAUGUUAAAAAAAAUAGAAGAAUCAAAUACACCCAUGAAUGUCAAAGCUGCAAUCCCUCCGAAAUUGACCGGAAAUGAACGAAAGGAUAUGGAUAAAUUUGCACAAAAAUAUCCCUGUAAAUUCGAAAACUAUACUUAUGAAGAGCUUCUUGCUUUAGAACAAAAGGCCCAAGAGCAAAAGAGUUCAAUCUCAGAUUCAGAAUGGGCUAAAGGUUACAUGAAUGAUCUUUACACUAGAAUGCGGAAAAAGAGCGACUCUGAAGAAUUUCAAAAACAAAUAAGAAAUGUUUUAAGUGGUACAAUGUGGGAUCUAUCUAUAGCUGAAGAAGAAUCCAAGCUCGAUACAGAACUAGCUAAAAAAGUUAUGAAACUUUCACAAUUUGAAAAACAAAUGUGCACCCAGAUAAUGGAAACAAAACAGCAAGCUCGCAAUUUAGUCAAGAAUAGAGUACAAGCAGAAAAAGAAUUCGCUGAUCAAAGGGAACAGCAAUUUAACCAGUUCCUUGACAAUGUGAAAGAACAGAUUCAAUUAGAAGUCACGGAAAUUGAUUUUGAGAAGCAAAGGCAAGCCAUGCUUCACAAGAGGUUGUAUGGCGAAAAAAUGAAGAGGAAACGACAGCAUUACUAUGAAAUUUGUUACGAUACAGUGCUAUCACUAAUAGACUAUGCAACAAAAUAUGCAUAUUUUACGAAACUUCUGGAAGACGACAUACCAGAACACUUUAUUCAUGAAUGGAAAACUUUGUACUAUAAACAACAGCCUAUUUUUGAUAUUCUUGAUCCAAUGGAAGAUUUGAUAAAAGAAAAAACUGAGGAAGAAGCAGCUGCUCCCAGUUGA